UUGUGCAGUUAGAGCGAUUGCACUGUCUGUCUGUCACUUGUGAAUAUUGUUUGUGAGUACAUGUGUGUGUUAUUUUGAACAAAAGAAUGGUUUUUACACGUACGACGUUAUUUAGUUAGUGUAGUUUUAGGUAUUUAAGUGAGUGUAAAAAGGUGGUGAAUUCAAACAAUAAUAUUUGCGUUUAUUGGCAUGUCAGUUCUUGUAAGAUCAGGUUAUGUCACAAAUUAGGACAAUGUCAAAACUUCCUUUACAUGAUAAUGGUCAUGAGGAGACUGGCAUGGAUGAUGUGUCUGCAACUUCAGCAAACCCGUACAAUCCUGAUUUAAGAGAUGAUGUUAAUAUUCACCUAAACGAUUGCUUUUCUAGUGUAUGUGCUGACAGUAAAAGUAGUAAAAGUGAUCCAACCAUAAAAUUACAAGAACAAUCAGCUAGCAGCAAUUCAGUACAGUUUGGUGAUAACAUGCAGUUUCAGGGGGAGCUGACCUUGGCUGACAAUAUUCCAGAUGAUGUGAUGGUUGUAAGAACCUCAGCAAUGGGCCCAUAUCCUAUGUCGCUGCUGGCUGCAAGUUCACCUAUGAAUAAAAGUAUUUCGAGUUCUGCUUCUGGUUCAAUUUGUAGAAUCUGCUUAGAAGGUGACUGUAUUGAGGAACUGAUAUCACCAUGUGACUGCAUGGGUUCGAUGAGUGUCGUCCACAUCUGCUGCCUGGAGAAAUGGCUCUCCACUUCCAACCUGGACCGCUGCGAGGUCUGCAAGUUCCAGUUCAAAAUCAAACGUACACCUCGACCCAUCAUUCAGUGGCUGUUCAGCAGACAGAGUCGUGAUGGACCACACGGGUUUUGUGGUGACGCUCUCUGUCUAAUCCUGCUCACUCCCAUUUGCCUAACCUCCGUGUACCUAUGUGGCAUGGGCUCCCUGGCUUACUUGCAGCGAGGGGCAUGGGAAGGUGUUGGUCUUGCAUUCCUCAGCCUAAUAGUGCUCUUCACCUUCUUCCUCUGGGGUUUUACUACCGUCAGAUUCCAGUGGCAGAGCAUGAACCGGUGGCGCAUGAGCAACCAGACGGUACACCUGGUGGACCAUGCUAAGGCGCGGCGGCGGCGUCAGCUCGGCACAACACAAUGUAAUGCCCAUCGUACCCCUGCUCUGCCUUCCCACAUAUAGCCUCAGUCUCUAAGGAACAAUGCUCAAUCUACCAUGGUGCAUGGCAGUGUCUUGUAGUACCCUCUAUAGACAAACCAGUCAUUCGGUUGUAAAAAUGUAUAAGAUAUUUGUUGAUCUGUCAGGAGUUAUAGUUAUAGAUAUCUGUGUCCCAGAACCAUAGUAUCAUCUAACUGUAUUUUUGUGCUCUUAUUAAAAUAACUUAAUUAUCUCUGUAGGUUUUCAUGUAAUUUCAGUUAGAUAGUGGUGAAUAAGUUUUUAGCUUUCAUUUCUUGACUGAUAAAAGCUAAAAGCAUAACAGCUCUUGUUUAUAACAGUAAAAUGUUUUAUAAUUAUGAGAUUUUAAGUGUUUAACUUUCUUUAAGAUUGUUCCAGAUUGAGCCAUUUUAUAGUUGAUGUCUAAACUGCCAUAGCUUGUUUUGUACACUAAAAUAUACAAGCUAGGAGAGAUUUCGGAAAAAGUUUGAUAUUUUUAUUCAUUAUGAGUUGUGUUUUACAAUUUUAUCCUUGUGUUUUCUCUCUGUGAUUUAAAAUCGCUUGCUCAAGGUUUCCGGUUUGUUGUAAAUAUGAUCUUUUAUUAUUUAUUAUACUUAAAACUAAGCAUUAUGUGUAUCUAUAGAAAUUUAUGAAUUACAUAAAAUAUUAUCUCUGUGCAUUCUUUUAAAUUAUGUUGUUUAAAUAAGCAUUUCAAUUAAGUUUGCUUUAUUUUGCGCCAUACAUUUUAGUUUGUUAAUUAUUUCAACAUAUAAGCAAGUUGAGAGUAUCAGGCUGUGUUAGUGCUAUAUAAGCUCUGUGUAAAGUUGUUCAACAACUAAAAACAUAUUUUUAGACUAAACAUAGAAAAUUUGAUGUGAAGUGGAAUUAAUUUAAUAAAUAUAUUUUAUGAGUGAAAA